AUGCUUUCCCGACCGGUUAGCCGUGCGAUUGCCGUCACUGCUCACAUGCGUCCGGUUGUUCCCCGACGAACAAUUCCUGUGUCACAAAUCCGGCUGCCUUCCUCCACCAUGGCUAAAUCCAAUGUAUCAAGCGUGCACACGAAUAUGGCUUAUGCUCCGUUUGCCCAUUAUUCCCAAGCCAUCAAAGCCGGUGCCCAGGUUUAUCUCUCGGGUCAGAUAGCCGCCGAUGUUGAGGGAAAUCUAAUUAAGGGGUCGACCGUAGAGAAAGCGGAGGUGAUCAUCAAGAAUACUGAAGCUAUACUGAACGAAGCAGGAUCCGGACUGGAUAGGGUAGUCAAGGUCGUGAUUUACGUCAAAGAUUUGAGCAUAAUGCCGGACUUCGCAUCGGUCUAUGACCCCAAAUUCCCUCAUCGCCUGGCACGGUCUAUGGUGGAGGUAACCAGCUUACCUGCUGGGGUAGACAUCCAGGUCGAUUUCAUAGCCGUGGUUUAA